UGUGAACUGCAUACCCUCUUUAUUUAUGUAAGAAGCUGUAAUUUCACUCAUAAAGGCACGGAUGCUUUCAGUUAUGCUGCGUAAAAAAUAUGGUCCCACAAAGACGCUCCAGAUCACGGCCAGGUUGCAGAUCGCUCGGCUGCUCUUUUAUGGGCAAACUUUCUCUGAGUUCAUCCUGUAUGAAAUACGGAGCUAAUAAAAUAUCCUUCCGAGGUACGCAAUGGAAAUAGGGUUAUUGAUACGACUGAAAAUACGAUCAAAUACUUGAAAGGUUACAAUGGAAGAAUGAUUGCAGCUGAGAAUAUCCCAUUUAUCAGGAAGACGCUCACAAAGAUGGCAGUCGGCAGCAUUAAAAAUAAGUCGCAAAACCACCCCCAAAAGACCCUCUUAGGAAAAACAAACAGUAUUGCCUUUACAGCCUUUACAAAUAUUGCGAUGAACGGCUCAGUUUUGAACACGCGGUGAUUUAAUGAAACCACCUUGCCAAGGAGGCAAAGCGCAGAGGGGGAAAGGCCAGAGAGCAUCCCGCGGGGCAGCGACAGCGACAGCCGGAUGGGAAGCGCUCUCUGCUGCCGCGUCUGGGAGCGCGGAUGCACCGAAGCAUCCCCGCGCCGUCACCAUGGGGCGGCUGGUUGCGGGGGCAAGGACCCGCACCAGGAGGAGCCCCGGGGGCCGCCCCGCGCCGCAGCGGGAGCCACCGGCACCGUCCCGCGGCGCUCCCGCCCCCGCGGCCCCAUUGGCCGCGCCGCAGCUCAAAUAGGGCCGGGCAGCGGCGGCCGCCAGCAGCGAGCGGGGCCCGAGCGCCGAGCCCGUCCGCGGCCCCGCCGGAGCGUCCCGACAUGAGCAGCCCCGAUGCGGGCUACGCCAGCAGCGACGACCAGGCGCAGGGGCGGUGCUCGCUGCCCAUCAUGAUGCCGGCCAUGGGCCCCUGCCCCUGGGCAGAGUCGCUGAGCCCGCUGGGAGAGGCGAAGGCGAAGGGCGAGGCGGCGCCGUCGGGGGCGGCGGGCGGCCGCAGCAAGAGCGAGGCGCGGAUCCGGCGGCCCAUGAACGCGUUCAUGGUGUGGGCGAAGGACGAGCGCAAGCGGCUGGCGCAGCAGAACCCGGACCUGCACAACGCCGAGCUCAGCAAGAUGCUGGGUAAAUCGUGGAAGGCGCUGUCGCUGGCGGAGAAGCGUCCGUUCGUGGAGGAGGCGGAGCGGCUGCGGGUGCAGCACAUGCAGGACCACCCCAACUACAAGUACCGGCCGCGGCGGCGGAAGCAGGUGAAGCGCCUGAAGCGGGUGGAGAGCGGCUUCCUGCAGCACGGCCUGGUGGAGGCGGCGGCGCCCGGGCUGAGCAGCGAGGCCGGCGGCGGCGGCGGCAGGAUGUGCGUGGAGGGCCUGGGCCUGGCCUACGCCGAGCAGGGCUACGCGGCGGCGGGCGCGGGCCACUACCGAGACUGUCCGCCGCUGGGCGCCGCCUUCGACGGCUACAGCCUGCCGACGCCGGACCCGUCGCCGCUGGACGCGGCGGAGGGCGAGGCGCCCUUCUUCGCGGCGGGGCUGCAGGAGGAGUGCGCGCUGGUGCCCUACGGCUACGCGCCGCACCCGGCGGCCGAGUACCCGGCGGCGGCGGCCGAGAGCCCGGCGGGCGCGGCGCUGCGGCGGCACCUGCCGCCCGGCGAGGCGCUGGGCCCGAGCGGCUCGCUGCAGGGGCUGCUGGGCUGCCCGGCGCCGCUGCACGCCUACUACGGGCAGGCGUGCCAGCCGCCGGGCCCGGGGCGCGGCCCGCCGCCGCUGCUGCCCCUGCCGCCGGGGGCGGUGGGGCAGCCGUCGCCGCCGCCCGAAGCGGCGCCGUGCCGCGAGCAGCUGGAGCCGCUGCCGCCCGAGGAGCUACUGGGCGAGGUGGACCGCACCGAGUUCGAGCAGUACCUGCGCUUCGCCUGCAAGCCCGAGCUGGGGCUGCCCUUCGCCGGCCACGACGACGCCGGGCUACCGGCGCCCGAGGGCGCGGGGCCCGUCUCCUCGGCCGUGUCGGACGCCAGCACCGCUGUCUACUACUGCGGCUACCCCGACGUGUGAGGGACUCGCUCGGGGGCGCGCCACGGACUGCCAGGGGGGCGCCCGCACCCGCUCCUAUUUAUGUAAUUUAUUUUAAUAUUCUCGGGGGAGUUUCGUAAACCCCGUUUUGUCGCAAAUAGCUACUGUCGUGCAGAUUAAAAGCAUGGUUCAAACUGGUUGUCGACUGGUGUGCCGGCAUGUUUACAUCUUUUUACCUCUGUGCUCAAAAUUAUCGUUACUUUUGCAACAUCAGCACCGUUAAUUCUUUGCCCAGAAUAAGUUUUAGUAGCGGUUCUAAACUAUAUUUCUUUUUUCUUUUUUUUUUUUUUUGUACUUGAGGAGGAAAAUAAAUUUAUGUCCAGCUCUUUCUGUCAUUCGUCUUAUCCAUGUGGCCCUUUAGGGACAUUGGUCUAAAGUUACAUCAGUCAUGCCCUGAGGUGGAGUAAAGUGAAUGCAGAUGCUGUGUGCCACUGUCUUUCACCAUGACAAUGGCUCUAGAAAGGUCUCCAGGACCAAAGAAGUUAGUUCCCAGGUGUGGCUGUUUUCUUGUUACACAGCUGCAUGGCUAGACCUGUGCUGUUGUCUGUCUCCGUGGUGUAAAGAACAUGACUGUAUUUAACUCUGUUUUGUCUUUUGUGGUGUUUUUUUUUUUUUUCCCCCUGGUCUGUAGGUGCCAACUGGAUUUUGCAUUUGUCAUUAACACUUUGGGGAAAAACCUUCCUGAAACUAUAGUCUCUAUAGGUAAGUUUGAUAUACAACUUCUAAAGUUUACUUGGAAGCCUAUUGGAUUUGGAUACUUGUAGAUGUGAAGGUGAUUUUGCUUUACAUAACAAUUCCUGUUUGAAAAAUUGAUUCACAAAUAGCAUCAGUACUGUAUUUACAAAUUGUUUUCCUUUCUGCUGCCUAUCUUCAAGUAGGUUUAUGCCAUUUAGUGUCAUGGGAUUUAGGCUUAUAUUAGUAAGGAGAAAAACCAGUGCAGCCCAAAUUCUCAUCUCAGUUGCUCUCAAUCAACUGUUAGUAUCAAUUAUCCAUUGAAACAGGAGGGUCUUUGUAGCAUGGUCUGCUCUGACACUUCUGCCAGUGCAAGAGUACAACUACAUCUCAUUCUCAUUCUAAUGUUCUCAGGUAAGCAUAAAGCUAACAACACUUCUGAUGCUUGUCUUCCAUUUGGAAGAGUCUGGCUGGGGUCAACCUAUGAUAAUUGUAGCAGAGAAUUUCAAAUAUUUUAAUUUUCAAAUUCAGAAGUGAUAUAACAAAUAUUUUUAGGUAAGUGUACUUUAUACUGCACUAAAUUAGACUGAGUUGUGGAUGAAGAAAUCCUGCAAAAAUUCCAUUUGUGCAAUCUAUGCUUGUUUCAUAAAAAUCAUAUGAUAAAUAACCAUUUUUUGAACACUUGUUAUGUACACAGAGCCAGCUGCAUUAUUUUCAAACAAAUCUAGUAGAAACAUACUUGAGCAGAUAAUGUUUUAUUUAUUAAUUCAGAAAGUGUAACUUAAUUUAGGUUGGAAGAAACCCUGAUUAUGUCCACUGACUUCACUGACAUUUUUAACUGCAUGAAGUGUAAUAUUGGAAAAGUUCACUUGAAAUUGUGGUUGCCUCAUUGUUGUAAUAUCUUUUUUUCCCUCAGCUUUACAAUAAGGAAGUGUGAAGGCCGGUGUCAAGUUUCUAAUAUUAGGGGUCAGGUACAAGGUGGGAAACAAGACUGUUUGUAUGUCAACAUCUUAAGAACAUUCUUGACAUAAGGCAUUCUUAUGUCAAGUAUGAUAUAUUUGUCUGGCAAGAAACAUUGAGCAUGUUAUAAUUAACAACAGAGAAAACUCUGUAUUUGAACAGGUUGGAUUAGUCCACUUGUGGCUCCCAGAUGACCAGUCCUAGUGAUGACCAUUGUGGAGUCAUACUCCUUCAAUUACAUCCUGCUAAAACAAUAGGAGGUGCUCUUCCUCAUGAUGCUGCACAAAUAUCGUGGUUCUGAAAAACCCAAAAGAAUAGCAAAGACAAACAUCAGAGAAUUACACUAUGAACAGAUGUUUAAGUAUAUUGAAAUAAAAUUUCUGUUUGUGUAGCUUUUUUUUCUUAUCAAUAUGUUACAGAUGUCCUAAGGCUCAUUUUUUUUUCUAUACUACAAUAGUAUUACAACCACAGUACCUGGUGGAAUUAUGUUAUAAAAUGUAAUGUCCUCUGGUAAAAGAAAAGUAAGGAGGGAAAGUAAGCUUAAUUUAGGAAAUCCUAAAGUAAGGUAAAAUGAAGAACUUCCAGAAUUAAGGUUAUUAGUGCAGCUCUAAUUAAUCUUUAGUAAUGUUAUGAUACAAGCAUUAAUUGUAAAUGAUAAACAAAUUUUCUAUGCAACCCCAACUCAGUCAAUAUGUAUCUUGCACAGAAAUGAUACGUGAGGAUUGAAACCAACGUGUUCCAUAAUUAUAGUACUUACAGCACUCUCUCCUUCCCAAGUUGAAUUCCUUUUGUUUUCUGUUGCAGUUAUGAGAGCUCACUGCUUCUGCACAUCAUCCCAAACUGAUUGCUUGGUGAAAUGAGAGAGACCGGUGCAAUGCAAUCAACCUCAAAGGAAAUCUGUUAUUACGUAGCACUUUGACUGUAGUAUUUACAGGAUGCAGCUCUCCAAAGUAUCAUUAAAUUGCCUUAACGUUGAAGUGAC